AGUCUCAUGUUAUGUUUCCCAUGUCAUUUUAAUUGCAAAUGCUUUUAUAUGUUGUUUCUUUCCACCCCAAACAGCCAUAAAAUGGUAACCAGGUUUACUCCCAAGCAAAUGUGCAUCACCUCAUGAUGCAUGAAGGGUGUGAAUGUUCAAAUUUCAAUCUUUCUUCCUUUUCCCCUACUAAAUACAAAAUUAAAUAGAAAAAAGUUAAAAGAUGCAACAAUGUGACAAGUCUAGAGCAUUAAAGGUCAGGGUGAGGGAGCAGGUGACAGAAUGUGUGAAUGUUUACUUGCAUUGUCAGUUUCCAUUUGGUGUUAACAUGACUUGCAGGGCAUAAAAGUGUGUACUCAUAUGGGGUGUCAACUAGAGCCAAAAUUAGAACAUAAAAGUGGUGUUUUAAAGGUGGCAAAACACGUAGAUGGUCGAAGAUAUGAGACUUUCAUAUCUUACUGGACCAUUGGAAGAAGAUACAUACAACGCAUGAACAAGCUUGGAUAAGCUUGCCAGCAGUUUGGCAGAUGCUGAAUGCUUGAGUGUAAAAUACGUGCAAACAUUGCUUGUGGUUCAAAGUUAACAUUUUACUUUUUUUUCAUCCUGAGUUAUCUUUUCCCUCAUCACCUAUAAAUAGCUCUCCUUUGUUGAGAAAGACCACCAGAGAGAGAAAUUUGCAAGUGAUCAACAGCUGACUUGUUUGCCUCUGCCAUGGAGAAGAAUUGUGCAUGCCCACCACCAAGCAAGGGAAACAUGAUCACAAUUCUGAGUAUUGAUGGAGGUGGGGUGAAGGGUAUCAUUCCUGCUGUCAUCCUCUCAUUCCUGGAAUCUAAACUUCAGGAGCUUGAUGGGAAGGAUGCUCGGAUUGCAAACUACUUUGAUGCCAUUGCUGGCACAAGCACAGGUGGUCUUAUUGCAGGCAUGCUAGCAGCUCCAUCACUGGGCAAUGCCAAUCAACCAUGCUAUGCCAAGGAUAUUGUCCCAUUUUACCUCAAGCAUUCCCCCCACAUCUUUCCGCACAGGACUGGAUUUUUUGGUUGGUUCUUCAACAUCCUGGGCAUCAUAAAGAUGGCCAUUGGGCCAAAGUAUGAUGGAAAAUACCUUCACAGACUAAUCAAUGAUCUUCUUGGCGAGACGAGGAUGAAAGAAACAUUGACAAAUGUUGUGAUUCCCACUUUUGAUGUGAAGUGUGUGAAGCCAAUAAUAUUCAGCACAUUCAAGGCGAGACGUAAGCCCUUGAAGAAUGCUUGUCUUGCUGAUGUAUGUAUUGGUACAUCUGCAGCACCAACCUUUCUCCCUGCACACUAUUUUGAAACCGUGGAUCACACGGGUGCAUCGCAAAGCUUCAACAUUAUUGAUGGUGGCAUGGCAGCAAACAAUCCAACUUUGGUGACUAUGGGUGAGAUAACAAAGCAGAUCAAGCGGAAGAGCGAGGAGUUCCCGAAAGCCGAGCCCUUGGAUUACCGCAAGUAUCUGGUGAUAUCUUUGGGCACGGGUCUGCCUGAGCACGAUAUCAUGUUUGAUGCAAGAAAUGUUGCCAAAUGGGGCAUUUUUCGAUGGCUAGUUGAUAAGGAUACAAUGCCGUUGCUCAACAUGUUCUUUCAUGCCAGCUCAGAUAUGGCCGAUACUCUCGUUGCAGACCUCUUUCAAGCAAUCGGAUGUUCACACCAACUAUUGCGCAUUCAGGAUCACAACAUCCCAAUAGGGGCAAUAUCCAAUGACCUCUCGACGAAGGAUCAUCUUCAACUGUUGGUUAAGAUAGGCGAAAACCUUCUCAAGAAGCCACUAAGCAAGGAAGAGUGUGAGAAGAACAACAUUGAGCCAGAGCCAAACCUUCAUGGUGACCAUGUGACGACCUAUGCAGAUAUGCUCACACGGUUUGCAAAGCUACUUUCAGACGAGAGGAAGCUAAGGCUCCACAACAUGAAGCUGGAUGCUAAGCCCUAGCACAAUUGAAACGUGAGAUCCUUGGAACAGAUGUCUCAUGUUCAUCUAUAGGAUUGCGUGUCCCCUACUAAGCCAAUUAAUUUUGUAUUGUGAAAUAGCUGUCUGAACUGUUAAAAAUAAGAACUUUGUACAGUAGUGGUAAUGUUGCUUUUAUUUGCUUCAAAAAACACUAGUUGGUAAAGUUUAUACUACCUAUAUCUGUGUGAUGUGUGGUGUCUGUUCAGAAUGUAGAACUAUGUAUUGUAAUGGUGAAUUUAUGAAAAACGAUGUAUUUGCAUAUAUUGUAUAACUAUGUCUUCUUCAUCGCAA